AUGAAUGAACCACGCAAAGAAAACAAUCCCCACAAUGUCAUCAGCUCGUACUUCAUCGGACCUAAAUCCGAAAAUAUGGGCAACUUCCGAGCCAACAUUACAGCGAUCCUAGAUCAAAUCGAAAAGACACGUUCUGAUUACCAACCCGAUGAUGAUGUCUUUAUCACCGAGGAUGUUCGAACCUCUCCGGAGUUCCAACAAAUCACCCAAAAUUUCCAUGAAGCAGUCAAGAAAGCUGUCUCACUCUUGGGAAAACAUUCCAUUCCAUUUUGGCAUCCUCGCUAUGAGGGUCACAUGUGUACGGACAUGACUAUGCCGGGGCUACUGGGUUAUUUCAUGACGAUGAUCUACAAUCCCAACAAUGUCACCGUGGAGGCUAGUCCGUUCACGACCGUCAUCGAGCUCCGGGCUGGAAAGCAGCUAUGCGAUAUGUUUGGAUACAAUACCGAUUCUAAAAAAUUGGAAAUGCCGCUGUCCUGGGGCCAUAUCACUUGCGAUGGAACAGUGGCUAAUUUGGAAUCGAUCUGGGUUGCUCGGAAUCUGAAGUUCUACCCCCUCACACUCUACCAAGCCAUGAAGGAAGGUAGCCUUGGCUUCAUUGCUGAUAGCUUCUACGUCACCACUUGUGUGGGAGAGGAGAAGCUUUUCAGGGAUCUAGGGAACUGGGAACUUUUGAAUCUUCGAUCGGAGGUCAUCUUGAGUAUGGGAGAUGCUCUGUAUCGGCAAUAUGGUAUCACGUCCAAGUUCCUAGAGAAUGCCUUGACACCUUUCAGCAUUCAAACCACAGGGAAGGAUGUUUUGGAGCGCGAAUUCAACAUUACCAAGCCCACCAAGUACUUCCUGGCCCAGACGAGACACUACUCGUGGCCUAAAGGCGGAGCGAUCGCCGGAAUUGGUUCGGCCAAUAUGCAGGGUGUGGAGCUAGACAUGGACGGGCAUAUCUCCAUCGAAGCGCUGGAGCGAGAGCUCGAUCGAUGUGUGACCGAGCGUCAAGCCGUAUACGCCGUAGUGGCCAUCAUCGGAUCCACGGAAGAAGGUGAAGUGGAUCCGUUGUAUGACAUUUUGGCAAUGAGACGUCGAUUUCAAGACAAGGGGCUGUCAUUCCUGGUGCACGCCGAUGCAGCCUGGGGCGGAUACUUUGCCAGCAUGAUUCCACGAUUUUAUAUGGCCCCGGGAAGAGCAACGAAGAGGAAGGAUGGAGACAACGCCGUCAUCAACGUUCCUUCGUUGACCCUGAAACCCGAUACCGUCAAGCAUAUGAUUGCACUCAAAGAGGCAGACUCUAUCACGGUUGAUCCACACAAGGCGGGUUAUAUCCCCUACCCUGCGGGCAGUCUCUGCUAUCGGGACGGUCGCAUGCGAUUCUUGGUUACCUGGACUAGUCCAUACCUCACUCAGGGAUCAAUGGAAAACAUCGGCGUAUAUGGUGUUGAGGGAAGUAAGCCCGGUGCUGCUGCGAUGGCUGCAUGGCUCUCAAAUCAGACUAUCGGAUUGGAUCCAAGAGGAUACGGGAUGCUGUUGGGCGAAGCAGCCUUUACCAGUGCACGGCUAUCGGCCUUCUACGCAGCUAUGCACCUAAAGCAACCCAAGGAAGAUGGCAAAUCCUACUAUGUCAUCGUUCCAUUCAACCGACUGCCGAUCGAGAAAGAGGGAUACGACAUCCUGUCAGAAGAAGCAGACCACCAACGUGAACUUAUUUGGGAACAUGUUCUGACGAAAGAUAACGCCAAAGUCAGCAGCAACCCCAGUGCGAUGAAAUGGCUUCGGGAAAUCGGCUCAGAUCUGAACAUCAACGCAUUCGCCCUAAACUGGUACCAUGCCGAUGGGACCAUCAACACCGACCUUGAGGAAGCGAAUUACCUGAUGAGACGAGUAGUCAACCGACUAUCGAUCACAAGGAGUGACAAAGACCCCAGUAAAAUCCCCCUCUUCUUGACCUCCACGCAAUUCGAGCCCGCAUUAUAUGGCAAAUGUGCGCAGAACUUCAUGAAACGACUACACCUCGAGCCCUGUGCACAAGAUCUCUGGGUUCUGCGCAACGUUGUAAUGAGUCCGUUUCCGACAGAACGUGGCUUCAUUCAUCAGCUGAUGGAGAAACUGGAGGAGACCAUUAUUGAUGAAGUCAAGAACUCAUGCCGCCCGCGAAAUAGUCCUACGGCAAAUACUAUCGAGUUCCUAUUACGAGGAACGGAUGAAGUGUUCCUGGAGUUCCAGACAAAAUUCCAUCGCGCAACCCAGCGUCAACAGAUCAUCUUGGCGGUGGAACUACGGAAAGAUGUCAAAAGUCAAUACAUCGCACUGCGAGAAAAAUUCCCCUGUGAAGACAUCGGAUUCGCGUCGCAUGGUCCGAUUCAUCUCGAAAGCUUAAUGCUUCAAAUCAAGGACGCGACCCACUCUCGUCCACAAAUCGAGGGUGAGAUCGGCCUCGUUGAAGCAGGAUACUACUCACACACGAUCCGAUGCAACGUGACGAUGAACCGAGUGGUGAAGAGUCGGGGAUUGAACUCCAAUUUCCGAGACAAUCAUUACCCCCGUAACUUCAUGCCAUUCUAUCUCUUCGGCACGAAAGAACAACACCAUAUCACGCACAUGCUCCUCCAAGCGCCGAACAUCAAUCUUUCAUCUAGUAACAUCCAGCUGGACAAGGAGCUCCAUGACAAAGUAGCGCCUCGCCUCGGAGAGGGAGAAGGUCUCAUCCUAGCGUUGACCGAUUACCGCGAGGAAACGAUGCACCCAUUCCCGCUUGAUAACAAUGACCGCGCGAUCAAUAGCAAGGGAUUCUUCUUCCGAAGAGGUCAAACCUUCAACGUAAAGGUGUAUGUUGACCCCAAGCUGGCUACAGCCAAUGGACCUGGGUUACUGGAUGAAUUGUGCACGCUGGUCGGCCGUGGUAAAAUGACACUCGGGGAUGAUGUGCAUGUGGACGUGACUGUGUUGAAUGCUGAUCCGUUUGAGGAUGAGGAGCCGGAUAUUCAGUGGGAAGAGGAAUUGGACCAUAUCACCAACGUGUUGAAUAGUGGCCAGUAG